AUGGCUUCUAACCCACCAGGAAAAUGUUGUUUUGAAGGCUUUUACCAUGAAGGUCAAGCCAAGGGUACUCAUAAGGAUGUCUGCGGCGUUGACACCUAUGUUACCGGUGCUGAGAACUCUUCCGAUAGAGUUAUUGUUAUUUUGACAGAUAUUUACGGUAACAGAUUGAACAAUGUCCUUUUGACUGCUGAUCAAAUGGCAACUGAUUGUUACCAAGUCUACAUUCCAGACAUAUUGUUCAAUGACCCUGUUGUCGCUCUUGAUGGCUCUACCGACUUCAACGCUUGGUUGGCUGCUCACCCUGCUGAGAAAGUUCAAGAGCUAGUUACCAAAUACUUGACUGACUUGAGAGCUCAAUUGAAGCCUAAGUUCUUGGCUGUCGUGGGCUACUGUUACGGUGCCAAAUUUGCUAUUCAGCAAAUUGGUGCUAACCCAUUGGCUGAUUGUUGUGCCAUUGCUCAUCCAUCUUUCGUUUCAAUUGAAGAAGUCGAUGCUAUCUCGAAGCCAGUUUUGAUUUCCGCUGCCGAAGAAGAUCCUAUCUUCCCAGAAGAAUUGAGACAUCAAACUGAAGCCAAGCUAAAGGAAAAUAAGGCUAGAUACCAGUUGGAUUUGUUCAGCGGUGUUUCUCAUGGGUUUGCUGCUAGAGGUGAUACUUCUAAUCCGGUUGUGAAGUACGCUAAGGAGAAGGUAUUAGUAGACCAAUUGUACUGGUUUAACUAUUUCUCCGGUUGCUGUCAAAAAUAA